AUUAACUUUUAGCAUUCUGAAACUAUAAUCAUUAUUAUGUUUGGGCACAUGCAAAUCUGAAACCAUGACAGAGAAAGUGAGUGAAUCGAAAAUCGACGCCGAUUGCGACAAGAAAAGCAGUGUUUCGGAAAAAUCGAUCAAUUUCUCCAUCGAUUCGUUGCUGUCGUCUGAUAAACCCGCAAGAAGUGAUUUUGUGGCAUCGCCGCGGCCAUAUUUGGACAAGUGUGAUGCAGAAAAAGUGCAAUCGAGUGGCAAAAGUGACAUUAAGCGCGAGGUCGAAGAAGUGGUGUCGACUUCCGGCGAUUUCUACCAGAGGAAUUAUCAAGAUGAUGCCGCCGACGCGCGAUCGGACGAAGAGAGGAAGAAGAGGCCGAGGACGGCGUUCACGGCGGCGCAGAUCAAGUCUCUGGAGGCGGAAUUCGAGAGGAACAAGUAUUUGUCGGUGGCGAAGAGGUGCCAAUUGUCCAAAACCUUGAAGUUGACGGAGACGCAGAUCAAGAUUUGGUUUCAGAAUAGGAGGACGAAGUGGAAGAGGAAAUAUACGAACGAUGUGGAGUUGCUGGCUCAGCAGUAUUAUAGUUCGAUGGGGAUUUUGACGCCCAGGCCCAUUUUCUUGGGCGAUAGGUUGUGGUUUUUUAAUUACCCUGGACAGCCCGGCUUAUCCAGCGUCCCAUCUGUGUUACCCAACGUCAUGCCAUCAGCACCCAGCACGUCCAUGAUGUCCCACAUAUCCAGACAAUGCGUCUCAAAUUACAUCAACUUCCCUGAACAACACCACCAACCUGACAGCUCUCCAAUAAUGCAACUACAGAAUUUUGGAAGACAUUUCGAGAGCGCCUAAAAUUUACACUAACCUGUUUUCAGUUACCAAAGAAUUUCUUAUAAGCUUUAUAAAGUUGUUUUGUACUUAGGUUAAUUUUUAAUAAUAAAUAACAACA